AUGUUCCGGGAAUACGGAGAAGCCGGGCCCAGCUCGGGGGGCGUCCACUACGGCCCCUCCUCCCAUCCCCCCUCCUCGGCGGGGUCCCAGCAGAAACUGCCUUUCGUGCCCACCCUCAACGCCGUGAGCAGCAGCCAGGACCUGCAGUGGAUGGUGCAGCCUCGCUUCCUCGGGCCUAGCGGCUCCUUUCCGCCCUGCCCCUACCCGAGACCUCUCCCCUACUCGCCCUUCGGCCACCCCGCACGGCCAGGGGUCAUUCGGGCCGUGGGGCCCGCCCCGGGGGUCCGCAGGAGGCACAACGAGCAGAUAAACCCGGAGGAAGAGGAGCGACGAAGAGUGAGGCGAGAGCGAAACAAGCUUGCGGCGGCCAAAUGUCGGAACCGGAGGAAGGAACUGACGGAUUUCCUGCAGACGGAGACGGAUAAACUGGAGGACGAGAAGUCGGGGCUGCAGAAGGAGAUCGAGGACCUGCAGAAGCAGAAGGAGCGGCUAGAGCUGGUGCUGGCGGCUCACAGGCCCGUCUGCAAGAUCCCCGAGGACGAGGACGAGGAGCGGGAGCCUCCCCCGGCGCCCGCCCCGGCCCCGGCCCCGGCCCCGGCCCGCCCGGUGCCCAUCUCCCUGUCCCCCGUCUCCCUUCUGGAGCCCGAGGCCCUGCACACCCCCACGCUCAUGACCACCCCGUCGCUGACCCCCUUCACCCCCAGCCUCGUCUUCACCUACCCGGGGACCCCGGAGGCCUGCUCCUCUGCCCACCGCCGCAGCAGCAGCAGCAGCGGGGACCCCGGUUCCGACCCCCUGGGCUCCCCCUCCCUCUUGGCCCUAUGA